CCAAUCAGGCGCCGCGUAGGGCAGCCCCAUCCGGCGCUGGCGCGGGGUCCUGGCCGCAGCGCGCUCCGCCCCCCGCAUCCCGGAAGUGAAGGCGCCGCUCACUUCUGGCCGCGGCCGCCGCUCGGAGGAGACUUGGGCGCCCCUCCCCCCGCAGGAGUCUCAGCAGGCCCCUCCGGCGCCGCCAUGGCGGAGAACGACGUGGAUAACGAGCUGCUGGAUUACGAGGAUGACGAGGUGGAGAACCAGGCGGCCGGCGACGGGGUGGACGUGCCCCCCAAGAAGGACGUCAAGGGCUCCUACGUCUCCAUCCACAGCUCCGGCUUCCGGGACUUUCUGCUGAAACCCGAACUCCUCCGGGCCAUCGUCGACUGCGGCUUCGAGCACCCCUCGGAAGGUCAGCCGGACGCCUGGUUGCCUGGGCUGGCCGGGGGGCCCUGCACUAACGCCCCUGUCCCCCAGGUGUCGGUGCUGGUGAUGUGCCACACGCGGGAGCUAGCGUUCCAGAUCAGCAAGGAGUACGAGCGCUUCUCCAAGUACAUGCCCAGCGUCAAGGUGGCGGUGUUCUUCGGGGGCCUGUCCCUCGAGACGGACGAGGUGGUGCGGGAGAAGACCUGCCCCCCCAGCGUGGUGGGGACGCCGGGCCGGAUCCUGGCCCUGGCGCGCAACAAGAGCCUCAACCUCAAACACAUCAAGCACUUCAUCCUGGACGAGUGCGACAAGAUGCUGGAGCAGCUCGAUAUGCGCCGGGACGUCCAGGAGAUCUUCCGCAUGACCCCGCACGAAAAGCAGGUCAUGAUGUUUAGCGCCACCCUGAGCAAGGAAAUCCGCCCCGUCUGCCGCAAAUUCAUGCAAGACCCCAUGGAGAUCUUCGUGGACGACGAGACGAAGCUGACGCUGCACGGCCUGCAGCAAUACUACGUCAAGCUGAAGGACAACGAGAAGAACCGCAAGCUCUUCGACCUGCUCGACGUGCUGGAGUUCAACCAGGUGGUGAUCUUCGUCAAGUCGGUGCAGCGCUGCAUCGCCCUGGCCCAGCUGCUGGUGGAGCAGAACUUCCCGGCCAUCGCCAUCCACCGGGGCAUGCCCCAGGAGGAGAGGCUGUCCCGCUACCAGCAGUUCAAGGAUUUCCAGCGCCGGAUCCUGGUGGCCACCAACCUCUUCGGGCGGGGGAUGGACAUCGAGCGGGUCAACAUCGCCUUCAACUACGACAUGCCCGAGGACUCCGACACCUACCUGCACCGGGUGGCGCGCGCCGGGCGGUUCGGCACCAAGGGCCUGGCCAUCACCUUCGUGUCGGACGAGAACGACGCCAAGAUCCUGAACGACGUGCAGGAUCGCUUCGAGGUGAACAUCAGCGAGCUGCCCGACGAGAUCGACAUCUCCUCCUACAUCGAGCAGACCCGAUAAGGGGCGUCCUCGACACUCCUCGUCCCGCGUCGUCGUCGUCCUUUUGGUGGUUUUAACCCCCCCCACACACCCCGUUUCAUUUCCACGCGACCCCGAGAGCCGACGAGGAGGAUGGAGAUGGCGGCCCAGGCCCUGCCCCCGCCCUGGGGACCGCAGCCCUGCCAGACUUCGGGGGGGGGGGCAGGACGGGGGCGGGAGAACCAUUGGAAGAGCGGACUGGAGCGGUGGGGGGCGUAGCAGGGUUCACCCCCGUCCUGCCCUGCUGUGGGGGAAGGAUCCCACCUCACCCCCCCAGCUGUGGGAAGCAUCCCACGACUGCCACCAAUGAGCCCUGGCCUUUGUUGGCGCCGAUGGAAGGAUCCCACGGCUACCACCAACAGUCCUGGGAUCCACCACCAAGGAGCCCUGAUUUCCCCCCCCCGUGGGCCCUAACCGAGGGAGAUCCCAGCGCUGCCACCAGCGACCCCUGGGCUGGGCUCCCUCGCCUGGCGCCAGCGCCGACCCCGCCCCCCGUCCUGCAAGAAUUUCAACACUAGCGAGCCCUUGGCUCCCCCGAUCCCUGCCACUCGCGGCAAGUUUGUGUUUUUAUAGGAAAUGAGAAAAUCCUG